GGACGCCGGGCGAUAGCCGUCGGGGUCGGGGCGGCUGGCAGUGGGCACAGGCUCCCCGGUGCCCGCCCCUCCGCCGGGAGGGGGGCGCGAGCGGGCGGCCGGGGAGGGGCCGGCACCGCCAAGGCAAAAUGAGCCUGCUGUCUGCCAUCGAUACGAGCACCGCCUCGGUGUACCAGCCGGCCCAGCUACUCAACUGGGUCUACCUGUCGCUUCAGGACACACACCAGGCUAGUGCCUUCGAUGCCUUCCGGCCCGAGCCGCCCGCCGGCGCCGCGCCCCCGGAGCUGGCCUUCGGCAAGGGCCGCCCGGAGCAGCUGGGUUCUCCCUUGCACUCCAGCUAUCUUAACAGCGUCUUCCAGCUGCAGCGCGGAGAGGCGCUGAGCAGCAGUGUGUACAGGAAUGCUUCACCCUAUGGCUCUCUCAACAACAUCGCAGAUGGCCUCAGCUCCCUCACUGAGCAUUUCUCAGACCUGACGCUCACCUCUGAGGCCCGCAAGCCCAGCAAGCGGCCUCCGCCGAACUACCUGUGCCACCUGUGUUUCAACAAAGGACACUACAUUAAGGAUUGCCCUCAGGCACGCCCCAAAGGUGAGGGUCUGACACCGUACCAAGGCAAGAAGCGCUGCUUUGGCGAGUACAAGUGUCCGAAAUGCAAGAGAAAAUGGAUGAGUGGGAACUCCUGGGCCAACAUGGGACAGGAGUGCAUUAAGUGCCACAUCAACGUGUACCCGCACAAACAGAGACCCCUGGAGAAGCCUGAUGGUCUGGAUGUGUCUGACCAGAGCAAGGAGCACCCACAGCACCUCUGUGAAAAGUGCAAGGUCCUGGGCUACUACUGUCGUCGUGUGCAGUGAACUUGGCCACCACGGCAGCACCCCUCAGCUGCCACCUCCCUGUGCUUCCCCAAGGGAUGAAUGUCUCCUCUAUUUGAGGAGACUCCACAGGCCUGUGAGCUUAAGCAGAGGAAGCUCGUGGCCUUAUCUCAUGUGUUGACAGAGUGCCUGACAUGCCCUGGACAGGGUGCAGAGACAGGAGGCUCCUGGGACUCUUCACCAUAGGCCUAGGCUCUGUAGGGGGACAGAGGCCAGCAGAGGUCUUGGUGCCCCUGCAGGCUCUCAGUUCCUGAGUGUCUUUGGGGCUGAGAGACCUUGUAUCUGCCACAAGUACACUAGGUGAACUGUGACUCCUGAGGCCUGUGAGAAGCCGUCCCUCCCCUCCAAGACCAGCCAGAACCUUGCAGCUUGCCUCCUAUGAAAAACCACUUAGGGAAGUCCUGAUUUGUUCCCAGUCUGCAGCUACAGUGGGCAGCCACUUGUUCUAGCAGCAGCUGAGGAGUGGUCCUCUGUCCCUGCCCACACUGAGUCCCAAAUCUGCCCAGCCCCUGACACCACUGCAUUGCCCCUGGUAGCUAAAAACAGCCUUCUUCUGUCAAUAAGACUGGCAGGCAGAGGGUGAGGCAGGGGGCACACUGAACAGUGAACAGUGUUUCAAGACCUCCUAGGAGCAUCAGGCAUCACCACCUCUCAUGA